AAAAGUGCUGACAGCGCGAAAACUUCAUUCACUUUCGGGUCUUCGUAACAUACAGAAGAGAGAGAGGGACGAGCACUUGUCUCUUGGAAAAUUGUUGUGUUAUCGCGCUUGUUGUGUCAUUGUUUUGUGUCUUUUUAAAAUUCCAUUUAAAUUUCAAGCAUUCCGAGCGACAACAUCCAUCAAAAGCAUUGUGGUUUGGAAUAGCAAACAGAAUUGGCAAGCCUGCUGACGGCGAAGAGAUUGGCUGCCACCAUGGCAAGUAAGGAAAAGUGAAUCGAGGCCAAACGAGCAAACGCACAGACACACGUACAUCGGUUCCUUUCACUUGACGCUGGAAACCCUUUGAGGCGAUGUCCACUGCACCGGAGGGUUGUUCCGUGGCCGGGGACGACGACGACGAUGGCGAUGGGAGCAGUAGUGUCACGUGGCAUCGGCUACUGCUGGCAGGGAGAAGCAGCAGCUUCUUCGAUACACCAGAACCAGCGGAAGAAAGCGCUCCGGAGAGUCUGCUUUCGGAUGCUACCGAAACGGCUGGAGAAGAGGAGGAUGCGUUGAACGCUGUGCUGCGGAACGAGGGCUCUACGAAUUAUGAUUCGGGAAACUUUUCGUUCUCGGAAAGUUCCAAGGGGAAGACGGCAGCGAGUCCGGGAAGUCAGGAUUUGGCCCACGAGCGGUUCGUGCAGCUGAAUACGGAGCUGUAUCAGACGCGGACGGAGCUGUUGACGUACAAGUACAAAUGGAACGAAAUCCGGAACGAGGUUGAGCUGGAGUGGACCAAGAAGCAUCGGCGAUUGGAGGAUGAAAAGAGCGGUCUGCAGCAGGAGGUGGAGCGGUUACAGGAAUUAUUACGGGUGUCGGAGAACAGGGGUUUGACGGGUGGAAGAUCGUUGGAGAUUUUGAAGCUACAAUCAGAGCUGGAUCAGGCAAAGAUUCAGCUCGACUGCAAGGAUCGUGCAAAUGUGGUCUUGAAGGAGAAGAUUGCCGAGCAGUACUGUGAUAGGGAGAAUCUUUCGCUCGAGGUGAGGAAGCUGGGGAAGAUUUUGCUGGAGAUCAAGAACGAGCUCAGCUCGGUGCGCAGCUCCGAGCAGUGGUUCCGGGAUGAGUUACAUACGUGCCAAAAUGUGAACGCCAAAUUGAGGGAGAGUAAUUUACAGCUAGAGAAUCGUAUAAGUAUAGAAAAAGCCAACAACGAUCGAUUGAAACUGGAACUGCAGCAAGUGAUACGGAACGCGGAGGAGGUUGAGCGAAGGGCUAUCAAGGAAAAGGAAGACCUGCUGGAAAAAUUGAGUUGCAUAGAGGCUUCCAACAAGUUGGAAAACGUUUCCGAUUUCGUACUGCAAGAAACGCUUCAAAAAUUGAAGGAUUCGUCAGAAAAGAUCAAAUUUCUCACCGAAUCCAACAAUGACUACCAGGAAAGGACGGAACAACUGGAACGCAACCUUGCACUCCUCCGAAGCAGUCUCUCCAGUCAAGAAGCGGUCACCGCAGCGUGUAAAAACAAAGAAAGUGAAACCAUAUCAAGAAUUGCGACCCUCGAGACAGAAAACGCCGAGCUGAAGGCAGCCAGGGAGCAUGCUCGGCAGGAGAACACCCAGCUCCAUCUGGAUGUCGCGCGGCAGAACUUUACCAACCGGGACCUAGAUGUCAGCAUUGGGCACCUGCGGGCGCAAUUGCAAGUUUUAUCGAUAAACUUUGAAAACACGCGACGAGCGCUGGCUGUGAAGGAAUUUGCGGCGGACAAGUUGGACCAGGAUAAUCGCGAGCUUCGGGAACGGUAUGUCCAGGUGGAACGAUGUCGCAAGGAUCUGCAGCGCCGGCUGAGCAUGAGUGAGGCCGUGGCGAAGGAACAGUACGAGCAACUGCUGGCCAACUUUCGCACGAUCCAGUCCAAGAACUUGGACCUUGAGCUGAAACUAGGUCAGUGCGCGGAGUACAAUGAAAAGUUCCGGAGGAGCGAGCAGGUCGUUCGGCAGCUGAAGCAGGACAUCGGGGAGUUGCAGGAACGGCUGCAACGGGAUGCGGCCAAGAUGAGCUCGAGUAGCGAGAGUUCCAUCGGAACGAGUAUUAGCAGUAGCAGCUCGGAUAACAGCAGGGAGGAAGCUUCUGAGGACGCUAAGAACAGCAACACGUGUCAGAAGCAUGGCCAGAGUCUUCCCGAGGACGAUACGCGGGAGCUGAAGAUUCUGCUGAAGGUGAUCGAGAGCGAACAUCGCCAGAAGCUGAAGCGGUACGAGCUGAACAACAGAACGCUGUUGCGUAAGGUCAAGGAGCACGAGCGUGCGCGUAGGGUAGCUGAACAGCAGGUGGAGUCGCUGGAGAAGGACGUUUGCCGAAUAUCGUCGAUGGAGUGUGAGCUGGCUGGGAUGAGGGAAAAGACGAUGCUGCUGGAAGCGGAUCUGGAGUCGGCGGUUGGUGAACGCGACACGCUGAAGGGAGAGAAGCUGCGAUUGGCGAUGGCUUUGCAGAACAGCUGCUUGGUGCAGGUGGAUGAGGACAUCUGGAGCUCGUUUCAACGUAUUUUUGCUGACUUGAGGGACAAGCAGCAUGUUAGCAAGGAGAAUCAACGCUUCAAGGAACUUCUUAAGAUUAGUGAGAGGAAGAUUCAGCAACUGGAGGAGGAGCUCAAGCAGUCACUGUCUUCGUCCGAGGAGAAGAGUACGGUGAUAGAAAAUUUGAAGCUUGAAGGUGAAAUCCAACGCGUUGAGAGUGAUGAAAUACGGUCGGAACUGACUGUCAAACGCUUCCAGUUGGAAGAUUCCCAACGAAUCCUAACAGAAAUAAGUAGCGAACGGAACUCACUGCAAGAUUCCAUCGGAACUCGCCAGCUGGAGGAGGGCAAACUUCGGGAUCAGAUCGACGAGCUGCAGAAGAAGCUUCAGAUUUGUGUCGUUCAGCUGGAGACGGCUUACGCGCGACUUCAGCUGUACGAAGAGUCCGAGCGGGUUCUGGAGGAAUCCCGGCAUCGGUUCUUCAACGACGUGCAAAUACUGCGGGACGAAAUCAUCGCCGAGAAGCAGGAAAAGCAAGCACUACAGGACGCCGUGGCGGAACUGAAAACGGAACUGGUCCGCAUGGUGGAAUGUAAUCUCAAGAGUGACCACAUCGCCAGUGACCAAACCGACAACAGUGUCGCCAGCGUUCCCAGCCUUGAUUCGGGUGGCAGUGAUUCGGCGGCACCGGCCAGGUUCGAUGAAGAAUCGCUAAAAGCGCUCGUGAGCGAGUGUUCGCGUCGGAGUUCGGUAAGACCCCUUCAGGAAUGCGUCGCUUCGCUUCGGGCGGAGAUGCACCAGCUGAACUCGGUGGUGCGGCAGAACGGUAACCAGCGGUACCACGUGGUUUCGCUGAUGGAGGAACUCCAGGACGCGACCAAUGGGACGUACAACAGUAGAUGAGUUUAGGCGCGUGAUUUCCUCCGCGGGAAAGAGUUUUAAAAAAUCGGGCAGUGUGAGGAAAUUCGUGGUUUGACGAGGGGGAAUCGGUUCUGAAGGAGAAUUGAGUACUUGACGUUCAAUUGCAUACUUUCAACUCGAGUGAAAGUAAUGGUCAAUUGAAUUUUAAGUUAGUCUGAAUGUAAUUGAUUGGGGAGAGGCUCUUUGGCAACACAGUAUUUGCAAUUGUUAAUGAAUAUUAUCGAAACACACGGAAAAAUUUCCAAAAAAUAUUGUUGGAAAAUAUGUUCAAAAUUUGGCAACACUGUCAAGAGUUGUCAGUAAUUAAGAAAAUUAUGCAUAGCUUUUUCCCAAAUGUCAUGAAUUUCUCUAUAAAUUUCAUACUUUUCGAAGCGAGAGGUAGAAGUUUGUUAUUGAUAUCGGAAUUCAUUUUAAUCAAAAUUUGUACUGCCAUGUUAAAUACAUUUUCCGAUGAGCCACACACUUUGAUGAUCUGGCAACCCUGUCGUAAGUUUUAUCCAAUCAAGGGAAAUUUAUCAAUAUUUUUAGUUGAAAAAAAAAAAAUACUUUCAGAACGAUUGCGCUGUUUAUUGUUCGAUAACAAAUUUUGAGAUCUGACAACCCAGUCGUAGUAUGUUUACAAUGAAUUGUUGUACUUAAAAAAGCGAUAGGUUGAAAUCUGGAAUUGAAAUCGGAAUUAAUUUUAAUCAAAAUUUGUGCUGCUUUGUUUCUGAUGAGCCAGUUAUUUAGAUGAUCUGGCAACCCUGCCAUAAGUUUUACCACUCAAUGGAAAUUAGAUUUUUUUAGGUUGAAACAAAAUCGGGACUAUUGUGUGUACAUUGUCCGAUAAUUUUGUAAACUUUAUCAAUGAAAAAUUAAGAGAUCUGGCUACCCUGUCGUGAAACGUUUUCACUUUAACUGAUUUUUUUUUAAAUAUUUUUUGACGGAAUGUUUUAGGAUGUCAAUUAAAAUUGCAAGAAGCUCUAAUCGUAAUGAAUACCUAUUAGCAGAUAUUUGAAAAAAAAUCUGGCGAUCUGGGAACACUGUCAUGUAUCCGUUUUCAAAUAUAUAAUUAAUGAAUUAUUAUGAACCAUUUUAUCUAAAGUUUCGUAAAUUAAAAUUCAACUUUUGCAAAUAUUGUGCUUCUACUGAACCUGAGAUUGUUCUUACAAAAAAAAUCGUCACUGUUUGUUAGAGAUGUACGUUUCACUGGUUGCGCCCAUUCUUCACCGUGCACAUAAACUACGUAGCACCGUUUUUUUUCGCCAUGAUCGAGAUUACCAACCAACACAAUAAAGCGUUGCUCAACCAUAACUUCACUGAAAAUCACAAUUUACUAAUAAGAUCCAUCAAUGUUAGUCGUAAAGAGUAAUGGAAAAGACAGCAAAAAAGUCAUCUCAAAAUAGAAAAAAAAAGUUAAGCACCGGUUCAACUCUCAACCCACAAGCCACAUCAAUGUUAGAUAAGUGCAAAAGUUACAAAUUCAUCACAAAUUACACAGGCAAAACUAGGUUAGCUGGGCAGUCGUUGCCAAAGUGGCUGUUUGUAAAUUUGGGUUUUUUUGACAUGUUUUAAAAGUUUGUUGGUCACUUUGGCUGCGAUGGCCAAGCAAAUAGAUUAGUUGAUAUUAGAGUACUUAUUAGGUUAGCGAAAGUAGCUUCCAAUUGCAUUUCUAGUUGUUUUAAGUUCCUUUGGCUUGUUUAUUUUACAUCGAGAGUAUGCGCUUACAUUUUCACUAAAGCUUUAAUUGAAAUCGAAUUUAUGUUGUUCUUAUAAAAAAUAGAAGAUGCUUUGUUCAACUGUGAUGCUUUAAGUUAUUUUAUUCGUUCCAAGUAAUUACAUGCUAAAACGUUUUAGUACUUCUCAGAUAUGCCACUGCACUAAUCGUUUCGCCUGUACACAAUACUAAUUUAGUUCUACGAUUUAUCGCUAAUUGGAGGCAAUUUGAGUGAUAGCUUGCUAAUUAAAUCGCUAGUUCAGCAACUGUUUGAGGUGUAAUUAUCCUGUUCUCCUGAUAAGGAGAGCAAUUUAGCAAA